AUGAACCUUUUAUCUAGUAUUCUGAUAGUUUUAAUAGGCUUCAGAUAUACGGAGACAGCCUUUCAGUCAGUAGCUAGUUCAGAUACACUUAUUAUGGCUGCAAAGCUCUUAUCAGCUGCAGGGACUAUACAAAAGGUAAUAGGAAAUAACAAUACUAUGCAAGAGGAUUUCUCUAUUAAAUCUAAGGGUUCAAAUAGCUUAGGGAAUUUCUCAUGUGAUAUCGAUCGUGAUGGUUUAUGCUGCUUAAUGCCUAAUUUCUGUUCACCUGAAGCAAUUUGUUUUUCAGAUAUUGUUGGUCAACAAAGUUUUGUUGAUUAUUUAAAUGCACUUCCUAGAUGUCAAUGCCUACCAGGAUAUUAUGGAGAUGGGAGGACAAAAGGUACAGGAUGUGAGAAUAUUAACGAAUGCACUACUGGAGAGGCAAGAUGUGAACAGAUGUGCACAGACUAUACACCAGGAUAUGCAUGUAGUUGUUUGAAUGGGUUUAAACUAAACCCAAAAGAUUUAAAAGGGUGUCUUGAUAUAGAUGAGUGUGCUGAUGGAAUUCAUGAAUGUUCUCAUAUUUGUGUUAAUAAACCAGGUUCAUACACUUGUGAGUGUCCAACAGGAUAUAAACUAGAUAUUGAUAAGAAGAAUUGUAUAGAUAUUGAUGAAUGCUUAGAAAAUGAUGGGAAGGGAUCUUGUGAAUAUGAAUGUAGAAAUUUAAUUGGAAGUUAUGAGUGUAUAUGUCCAAGUGGGUAUAGACUUGACAAAUCUAAUCAAAAGUGUAAAGAUAUUAAUGAGUGUGAAGAAAAAUUAGAUAUUUGUAAUCAAACAGGCCAGAUAUGUGAAAAUAUAAUUGGAAGCUUCAAAUGUGUUUGUGGUAAAGGAUAUACCUUCCAUGAAGAAAAAGGAUGCCUUGACGUAGAUGAAUGUCUUAAUGGGACUCAUGAUUGUCCAGAAUCUACUAAUUGCAUCAACAUAAUUGGAAGUUUCACAUGCUCUUGUUUGAAGUCUGGAUAUCGGUACAAUAGAAAUAAAAAAAUUUGCGAGGAUAUCAAUGAAUGUAAAAAUGGUGAAGCCCAUUGCGAACAAAUUUGCAUUAACACCUUAGGUGGAUAUAAAUGUGACUGUUUCCCAGGAUUUAAAUAUAAAGUGGAGAGAUUAGACAAUGAAUUAUCUAGUGGAACUCGUGGCAUUUGUAUUGAUAUAAAUGAAUGUUUAGAAACUAAAGAACUUACUGGAUGUUCUCAUGGAUGCGAGAAUACAUAUGGAAGCUUUAAAUGUACCUGUCCAUCAGGAUACGAAUUAAAUUCCAAUGGAAAAAUUUGUGAAGAUAUAGAUGAGUGUAGGCAGCCUGAAAAUCCUUGCAAGUAUAAUAAACAAUAUCCUUGCUGUCAAAAUACUGAGGGAAGUUUUACUUGUAUAGGAGCAACAAAAAGAAACGAUGUAUUUAGAAGAUAUGAAUGUCCAAAAAAUCCUACUAUAAUGCAGCUUUCAAGAUCCAAUAUAAAAUUUGAGAAUAAUCAAAGUUUGGAUAAUUUGAAGAACUUGAAUAGUCCUAUUCCAGAUAUAAUGAAAAUAAACAAAAGAAAUAAAACAAAGAAUUUAUUUCAAAGUUGA